AAUACUGACCCCUCAUGCCGCUGUGCUUUGCAGGUGCUGGAGCAGUGGGAGUCCCAGCAGGGCCAGAGCAGUCCCGCUCAGACCAGCCUGUCAGCUCCCGUUUUCCCCCACAACGCCCCUUUCCCAACACACCAUCUUCACAGGGCCUCGGUCCCAGACUCAGCCUCCGAGGCCCUGGCACUGGCUAAACCAGAUCCAUAUGACCUAUUUGAGAAGUCCAGGGCUAUCUAUGAGAGUAGGCAAUCCAGCCAACCGAGAAGUGUUUUUACUGUGGACUCUUCGGGAGCGGAGUACCAGGACAUUGAGGUCAACCUGCGCAGACAGAAGUCGGGGUUCGGCUUCCGGGUGCUGGGCGGCGAUGAGGCCGGGCAGCCUGUGAGUCCGGAGACACGUGAGAAGGCUCGUAUGGCGAUGGGCAUCCUAAUAGGGGCCAUCAUCGAGAAGAGCCCGGCCGAUUUAGACGGGCGGCUGCGACCCGGCGAUGAGCUGCUGUUUGUGGACGGGAUCCCGGUGGUGGGGAAGCCUCACAGAUACGUCAUCGACCUGAUGCACGGGGCGGCGCGGAACGGCCAAGUCAAUCUGGUCAUAAGGAGGAGGCUCCAGGCAGCAGGUGAGCCUUGCCCGGAGAACGGACGUAGCCCGGGCUCCGUCUCCACGCAGCACAGCUCCCCACGCAGUGACUUCACCUUUGGGACCAGCACCACCCAGGCCCCCAACGCCGGCACGGGCAAAAGCUCCUCCGCCGCCGACGGGACGCCGCUGCUCAACUCCCAGCCCAGCGACGUCACGAUCAACCGGAAAGAGAGCGAGGGCUUCGGCUUCGUCAUCAUCAGCUCCCUCAACAGGCCGGAAACGGCCGCAGCCAACACCGUGCCCCACAAGAUCGGCCGCAUCAUCGAGGGCAGCCCCGCCGACCGCUGCGGGAAGCUGAAGGUGGGGGACCGGAUACUGGCCGUGAACAGCCAGUCCAUCGUCAACAUGCCGCACGCCGACAUCGUCAAGCUGAUCAAAGACGCGGGCCUCAGCGUCACCCUGAGGAUCAUCCCGCAGGAAGAGAUAAGCAACCCUCCAUCGGCUCCCACCUCGGAGAAGCAGAGCCCCAUGGUUCAGCCGCACAGCCCGAAGGCCCAGCCCAACUCCACCGCCUGCCAGUCCGGCCAGGGACCGGCGGAACCGAACCCCUCCCUCCACCAGCCCCAUCAAAGCCCUGUGACCCAGCUUCCCGCCCCUCCACCUCAGAACUUCACCCAUGAGGGCAGCUACAGGUCCGAGGUGAAGGCCAGGCAAGACGUUAAGCCAGACAUCCGACAGCCCCCGUUCACAGACUACCGGCAGCCACCGGUGGAUUACCGGCACCCUCCUGUGGCGGACUACCGGCAGCCACCCACACUGGACUACAGACACCCCCCACUGCUUGAUUACAGACAGUUAGCUACCGAUGCCAGGCAGUUCACCAUCCCGGACUACCGAAUGCCACCAGUUCAACUUUCGCAGGACUUUGACUUCUUCACAGUGGAGUUGGAGAAGAGCGUGAAAGGCUUUGGCUUCAGCAUCCGCGGCGGACGGGAGUACAAAAUGGACCUGUUCGUCCUACGGCUGGCAGAGGACGGGCCAGCCAUCCGCAACGGGAGGAUGAGGGUUGGGGACCAAAUCAUUGAGAUAAAUGGUGAGAGCACUCGGGACAUGACCCACGCCAGGGCCAUCGAGCUCAUCAAGUCUGGAGGCAGACGUGUUCGUCUCCUCCUGAAAAGGGGUACGGGGCAGGUCCCAGAGUAUGACAAUGCCACCCCAUGGGAUGCUCGCCCUUCAGCCUCCCCAAGUCUGUCGGAAGUAGCCCCUCCCACCGACAGCCUUUCCAUGUCAUCGCCUUCAUCUCAUCUGGCCCCGGCCCCAGACCCUCCUCAUCUGCCACUUCAGGACGUCUCUCGAGACGUGGUGGCACGAGACAGCCGGAUGGAGCGUUCCAAGAGCCCCCAGAAGGCCGAGCUGCUGAGCAGAGACCCCGUCGGCGCGGGGAGGAGAGCGGCUGCGAGCGGCGGGGGCGGCAGAGCCAAGAAGGAGGGUGGCAGGUCCACACAAAAGGGACACAGGAUGCAGCCUACUACUGACCGAGAGGGGGGCAAGGAGGGGGAGAGCGGCGAACCUUCCAGGAGCACCAGAGGGAGGUCGGAGGAGAGGAGCGGCGGGGACCGCGGGGACGUGGCCCGCUCCCCCUGCGGCUCCAGGCUCCCGCACGCCAACGGGACCAGCAGGGAGGAGGCGGAGCGCUGGAGGCCGGGCAAGCCCCGGGCCGGGGAGCAGGACGGCCCGCCGGGAGAGACGAGGCCCGGCGCGCCCGGAAAGAGCCCCGCCGGGGGCACGGCGGCGGGGAGGAAGGCCACCGUCUCUCCCGGGCCGUGGAAGAUCCCCGGGUCAGACAAGCUGCCCAGCACGCUGCGCACGGGCACCUCCACGCUCAGCAGAUAA